AUGGCAACACAGCAGAUCCUGUUCGCAGAGACGAUAGCCGGCAUGAAAAAGGCCUUCAAGAGGAAGGCAUAUGAUUCCGACUCCGAAAUCGACAGCUUUACCAAUCGAGGCCACAAACUCCAGAAGAGGGCACGAUUUGUACACAAAGGGCAUUUGGCGCCGGCCGCCGGCCCCAGUGCAUAUAAAGAGGCUGUCGACUACGCCGGCGUUCGACGGAAUAUCCUGUAUCGCAACCCGCCCCUGGUGGACGAUGAAGGCUAUGAGAUUACGAGCGACGAUGACGACGACCGAGUCGGAGUCGCUGAAUUGGCCGCCGCCGAGCUCAACCCAUACUCCAACAUUCGCCUAGAACAUAUUCUAGCUCCCCUCACGGCGUCGACCGAAUUGCCACACCACCCGACACUAUCCAAAGCCUUUACUUCAAAGACUCUCAAUGAGCUCAUCAACCAAAGCUGCACACUCAUGCGGAAAGAGAACCAAUCAUUAUGGGAGGUAAGGCACCUAUGGACUUCGCUGUGUGGCGACGGCGUCUGGAUGCCCUGCGAAACGAUGAUUGGCUCGAACGAUAUCGAUUUAUAUUCAGACGAGCAUGUGGCCCGUUUCCUACAGAGCUUGCCGAAUAGCGGCGGCUCGGCAAGAUCUUCGGUUGCAAGGGUGAAUGGAGAUUCAAAUUCCUAUAAUUCCAAAAGUUUGGUAUACGGGCGGCAGGGGCAACUAGUCGGCACCACUGCAGACGCCGAUGUAUCCAUGAUGGAUGCGACCGCCGCCAACAACGAAGAGAAAAAAGGCAAGAAUAACGAAGCUGCAAUUAAGAGUGAGCCGGCCGGGGUGAAAGUUGACCGGAGCCCAAAUGAAACAGAAGCUAACAAUGGGAUUGCCAACACAAAUGGCAACGGCGAUGCCCAAAGCAAACAAAACGGAAAGGACGGGGGUGUGAUGAGUGGUGCACCGAAGGAGCAGUCCGGAGGUCCGUUCUUGUCAGAAUCAAAAUCACCAUCCUUCAUCCACCCAAUAUUCCUUCCGCCACCAGGUGCCAAACCUGAUAGGAACAUGGGUAUUCCAGAAAAUGAGGCAGAAGAUAUCAGACGGUUACUGGCACUGUACGUGCAGAAACAAGAAGAAGUGGCCAGAGGGGCAACGAGGCUACACCUAGGCUUGUUGCGGGCAGAAAGGUUGCGCAGCAAUGUACUUCACUGGUCCAAAGCAGAGGCACAUUGUGGGCCGAACCGGGACAUGUCUGACGGCGAAGAUUGGUACGAUAAAGAGGAAUGGGGCCUGACAGAAGAUCUAAAGAAGGGCCAUGAUGAGGAAGAGGAAGAUACGACGACGACGGGCAAGAAGACAAGAAACCGUCGGGCUUAG